GCCAAAUCAGACUUGGCUUUUGCUGGAGGCUGAGUUCAGUUGAGUGAAAGCAUCGAUAAGUUUGCAUCUAACUUGAAAAGACAUCGUUAUUGGGUCUCAAAGGAAAGAAAUCAACUGAAUCUUCCAUACAGCUGCCAUGGCAGAGUCGGUGAAGGUGGCGGUCCGAGUUCGGCCUUUCAACUCGAGAGAGAAAGACCGUGGGGCGAAGCUCGUUCUUGAUAUGAUCGGAGCUCUCACCCAAAUCACGGACCCGGAGAAUCCAGGAAACCCGCCAAAGGAGUUCACGUUUGAUUUCUCCUAUUGGUCUCACGAUGGCUUCCACGAGGACGAGAAUGGCUACCUCGUCGCAGAUAACGACAAGUACGCUACACAGCGAAAAGUUUUCGAUGAUUUAGGACAAGGUGUUUUGAACAACGCUUUCGAAGGUUUCAAUUGUUCACUAUUCGCAUAUGGACAGACAGGGGCUGGCAAGUCGUAUUCCAUGGUUGGAUAUGGAAACAACAAGGGAAUCGUUCCCAUCACUUGUGAUGAGUUGUUUAAAGCAAUGGACAAUUCUGCAGGAGACAUUAAAUAUCAAGUAUCAUUUAGCAUGUUAGAGAUUUACAAUGAACAAGUUCGUGAUCUUCUUGUUAAAAAUAACCCCAAGGGUGGUCUACAGGUUCGUCAGAACCCAAAAGAAGGGAAUUUCUUUGUUCAAAAUCUAAAGAGGGUGGCAGUUGUCAGUUACGAAGACAUUGAAAGAAGAAUUGAGGAAGGCACAGCCAACCGAACGGUGGCUGCAACACAGAUGAAUGCAACAAGCUCUCGGGCUCACACAGUGGUAACAAUUGUGUUUGAUCAGAUCAGCAAGAAUGCGACAGGACAGGAAACAAAGAAGAGUAGUAACAUAAACUUGGUAGAUUUGGCAGGAAGUGAAAGAGCUGAUAGCACAGGAGCCACAGGUGACAGACUCAAGGAGGGUGCCAAUAUCAACAAAUCCCUGUCAGCUCUGGGUAACGUGAUCUCCGCCUUGGCCGACUUGUCCAUGGGUAAAAAGAAAGUGAUGGUGCCGUACCGUGACUCCGUGCUCACCAAACUGCUUCAGAAUGCCUUGGGUGGCAACAGCAAGACUAUUAUGAUUGCUGCGUUGUCUCCAGCUGAUAUCAAUUAUGAUGAAACUCUGGGAACUUUGAGAUAUGCUGAUCGUGCAAAGAAAAUCAAGAACAAAGCUGUGGUUAAUGAAAAUCCAAUGGACAAACUGAUUCGUGAGUUACGGGAAGAAAAUGAAAAGCUAAAGAAAAUGUUUGAAGGUGGAGGACUUACCAUGGACCUUGGUGGCAGAGAAAUGAGUGAUGCGGAGAAAGAGGAAAUGCGAAAGAAAAUGAAAGAGGAGCUCCUUGCACAGAUGGAGUUUAAUGCUCAGAGCAUGAUGAGCUGGGAUGAAAAGGUCCAGAUGUCUCAAAGUGAUUCUUCAGUUGGAGAGCAGAGUGAAAAACAGAAAAAGAUUCAAACUGUACCACAUUUGAUCAACUUGAAUGAGGAUCCUAUGCUGUCUAGGGUGAUUUAUCAUUUCUUGGAACAAGUGGAGACAAAGAUAGGAAGGAAAGAUGCAGAUCCUGCACCUAACAUCCCUCUGACUGGCCUGAGUAUUUUAAAGCAACAUGCAGUGAUAAAAACAGCUAAUAAUGAAAUAACCAUUGAGCCUGCGUCACCGGGUGCCAAGACAAAGGUGAAUGGAAUGCCGCUAACUGGAGAGCGUGUUCUUAAAAACUAUGACAGGAUCUUAUUUGGUUCAAAUCACAUGUACAUUCUGGUAAACCCAGCCAACACCGAGAAAAGUGAAGGAACCCCUGAUAAUGUUGACUGGGAGUUUGCACAAAAAGAGAUUGCCCAAGCUAAAGGUUUUGCAACAGGAUUUGGCUCUGGACUUUCCAAAGGUAACCAUGUGAUCUUUUUAGAACCGGAGGGUGCUGUGGCCUAAUGAUUAGUGCUCUGGACUUCUA